AAGAGGACUGAGCUUUACCUUAGCUACAUUGUGUUUUCAAAAAAAGUAACAAUCUAAUAGCGGAGCCGUAAGUGGAGCGAAGCGAAAGGCACCGAGAGAGGAAGGAACUGUUUCCCCGGUUAAACGUGCAACCCGAGUCCAAGGAGCUGUACGUUCGGAUAGAGAAAAGAGGGAAUACAACAAAAACAACACGAAUGAGAUUUUCCUCGUUUCCAAGAGCGGCGGCUUCGGAUGUUGGCACACAGUUCACCUGAACUCCCUUCUUCCCAUAUCGCGCCAGUCAUGUCCGAGUGUGGUCAGGUGUGGCCUUGUUUAAUUUUCCCGGGAGAGGAGGAACUGGGGCUGUAAAACUCCGGUGGCAGAGAAUUCGAGGACCGGUAUCAGAAGUCGGCUGGACCCUUGUUUUUUUAAUCUGGAUAUUAUGGCUUCUCGCGUGCAAGAGCCCUCAGCCUUGGUCGGCGUCUGUGUUUGUCUCGUGGGGUUGGUGGGGGUCACCCUCUGCGCUUCCAAGGCAAUGGUCUGCCAGGAGAUUACAGUGCCCAUGUGCAAAGGCAUUGGCUAUAACCAUACCUACAUGCCCAACCAGUUCAACCACGACAGUCAAGACGAAGCGGGGCUCGAGGUCCAUCAGUUCUGGCCUCUGGUAGAGAUUCAAUGUUCCCCGGACCUCCUCUUCUUCCUGUGCAGUGUCUACACUCCCAUCUGCCUGGCGGACUACAUGAAACCAUUGCCACCUUGCAGAUCCGUCUGCGAAAGAGCCAAAUCCGGCUGCUCCCCACUGAUGAGACAAUAUGGUUUUGCUUGGCCUGAAAGAAUGAACUGCGACAAGCUCCCCGUGCUCGGAGACCAAGACAACUUGUGCAUGGAUUACAACAGGUCGGAGGUGACCACUGUAUCACCCCCGUUCUUAAAGCCCACCGUUGCGCCCAAGGUUUUGGGCGGCAACAAAAACGCCCGACCCUCCUGGGCACAUCCAGGAAACCAACCCGCACCAUCAGCAGACUGCCCUGGGAAAUGUAACUGCAAAGACCCUCUGAUCCCGAUCUCCAAGGAGAGUCACCCGCUCUACAACAAGAUCAGAACCGGUCGGUUGCUCAACUGUGCUUUCCCAUGUUACCAGCCCUUCUUUAACCAGGACGAGAGGACUUUCGCAACCUUGUGGAUCGGCCUGUGGUCCGUCCUGUGCUUCAUCUCCACGUUCACCACCGUGUCCACCUUCCUGAUUGACAUGGAGAGGUUCAAGUACCCAGAGCGACCCAUCAUCUUCCUGUCCGCCUGCUACCUCUUCGUGUCCAUGGGCUACAUCGUCCGACUGGUGGCCGGCCACGCCAAUGUAGCAUGUAACAAGGACUACCACCACAUCCAAUACGACACCACCGGUCCCGCCCUUUGCACCGUGGUCUUCCUGCUCAUCUAUUUCUUCGGCAUGGCCAGCUCCAUCUGGUGGGUCAUCCUGUCCUUUACCUGGUUUCUCGCCGCGGGCAUGAAGUGGGGCAACGAGGCCAUUGCGGGCUAUUCCCAGUACUUCCACAUGGCCGCGUGGCUAAUUCCCAGUGUCAAGUCCAUAGCGGUACUGGCGCUGAGUUCGGUGGACGGGGACCCGGUGGCCGGCAUCUGCUACGUGGGCAACCAGAACUUGGACAACCUCCGGGGAUUCGUCCUGGCCCCUCUGGUGGUCUACCUGCUCACGGGGACAACCUUCCUGUUGGCCGGGUUUGUCUCUCUGUUCAGGAUACGGAGCGUCAUUAAGCAAGGGGGCACCAAAACCGACAAACUGGAGAAGCUUAUGAUCCGAAUAGGGAUCUUCACAGUGCUCUACACCGUCCCGGCCACCGUAGUCGUGGCUUGCUUCAUCUAUGAACAGCAUUCUAGGGAGAGCUGGGAGACGGCGCUCAGCUGCCCCUGCCCGGGAUCCCGAGAUUACCCCAGACCCGAGUACGCCGUCUUCAUGCUAAAGUACUUCAUGUGUCUGGUGGUGGGCAUCACCUCCGGCGUCUGGAUUUGGUCCGGCAAGACCUUGGAGUCGUGGAGGCGGUUCACCAGCAGAUGCUGCCGGGCUAGGAAGCUGACCAGCGGCUCCAUGUACAGUCAAGCAAGCACAGCCUUGACAACCAGGACGGGAGCGAGCGGUUCGGCGGCUUAUCACAAGCAAGUGGCGCUCUCGCACGCUUGACGCUGGGGUACACGCGUGCAUAUACAUAUUGUAAAUAAAUAGACGUAUAUUAUAUAUUUAUCCCGAGGUACUUCAACCUGAAGAAAUGUUUAUCUGGUGAGUCUUACACUGUGGCUUGUAUUUGUUGAGUUUGCGAACUGUCAUCUUCGGGCACCCGGUUCCCAGUCUCUGAUAACCGAUUAUUUAAAUCUCCGCGGCACGGUUGUGUUUCAGUUUGGGAUGAUUAAAAGAGCCCGAAGGAACACAUUUUUACCCGGGUUUACAACCCGCCAGAUUUACGCCCAAUUCACUCUCAAGGAGUGGGUUUGAAGAGAAUUUGCCCCCCUCCCAUUGCUUUGAUUAACAACCUGUGUCUGUUGACACACUGGGACAGCGAGGUGACGCUGACCAUCCGUUCAUUCCCGGCGACCCAGCGUCUGGGUCCUCUCGUCCUGGUUAGCCGGAGUUUGAGUGUUUGAGCAGAAGGGAAGACUGAUCCAGUUCUCCAGGCCGUUCCUGACCAUUAGACUCAGUGCUGGUAGAAAAUUCAUUGGGCGGGCGGGAGCUCCCUCCCACUGUCAUCUGGUCUGGAGACCCCGUUGAAAAAACUAAACAGUGGGACUUGGGCGGUGUGACCUCUGACCCGUCUCCGUCAGAGAGACUAGUGGGUCAAAGGCCAUUCGGUGUUCGGGCUGGCAGGCAAGGCGGGGGGCGACAGGCUGAUGAUUAAGGUGCAGACGGUCCCGGGAGGAAAGACAAGGGACAAAGGAAGCAGAGGCGGGCGUCAUUAAGGUGGUAGUUGAGUGGUUCACUUUCAAACAGGUGAAGUUGCGAGCUCCCGCUGAUCAGAGCCAAAUUCCAGCCCAACCCCCACUCUAAACCGAGCCAGCCUGGUCUGAAGGCAUUGUGCUCGCCACUUACUAGAGAAAGGGCCAGUGAGCUCCAGUGUCAGGGAAAGAACAAAACAAAAUUCAGUCAACAGGUGAACUGCAGCCAAUGAACCCAGACACAGGAGCAGGAAGGAGACUUUACACUGCAGCUGGUUUUAAUCGGGGUGGUUUUUGCUUUGUAAAUGUGACCACAUUAUCUAAUGAAAAGGUGAGCAAGAAGAAAAACAACAAGUAAUGAUCAAAAGCAGAGCAUAUCAUGACAAUUGUAUCCUCCUGUCAGGCUGUUCCUAUGGUGUCCAGCAUUCUCGGUAGUCUUUUGUUAAGUGUUAAUGCUAAGUGAUGUUUAUGAUCUACUUGAGGUUGCUUGUGGGUUGGUCAAGGCCUGCUAGACUGGGCACUGGCUAUAUUAGCUUGCACCCUUCCCUGCACGCCAUCUUUUCUAUCAUGGGGAAUCCAGUUCAAAUUCUGAUGUGGUUGGCACCUUCCAACAUGGGUUAAAAGUUCAGGGAGGCACCUCAGUGAAUUUUCCAUCUAAUUAUUCAUUAGUCAGAGGGAAAGGGAGUUGGAGAGAUAUGGCACAUCCUAUCUCAGAGUCUCUUUAAAAUGCUGCAAAUGUAUCUGCCUCCUUGGCAGCACGUUCCACACACCCACUAGAUGUGUAAAAAAUCUACCUCUGGCACCCCCCCCCUACUUUUCUCCAUCAUCUCCUCCAGAUUCACCCACUCGAGGCAAUUCACAGCAGUCAGUCAGCCUACAGACCCGCACCUCUUUGGGACGAGGGGGCAAACUGGAGCACAUGGAGGAAAUCCACACGGUCACAGGGAGAAAGUGCAAAUUCCACACACACAGCACACGAGGUUAGGUCUGCUAGCUGCCUACUCAUUCAGGAGGAACAUUUCUAUGGGACAGUCAAGUCUGUAUGUUGUACACCCAAUCAGUGCAAAUCUGCAUACUUUUAAGCUGCGAUCAGAAUCACAGCUGGGCUGAGCAUUUAUCCUGGAUGAAGUAUGAACCCAGGCAAUAUCCUUCUUCAGACUACAGUAUUUAACUUCAAAAGCAUCACACUAAUCCCAGUCUCAUAUGUAUAAUGGCUUAGAAAUACUUUACACUUUUUUCCCAGUUCUCUCUUUUUUUGUUUGUUUUUUGUUUUGGCAUGAAUGCAGGUACAGUUGUUUCCAGGUUAUUUCAUUUCACUCUGGAAAUUCAAGCUGUUCUGGUCACCAGCCAGGGAACAGAGGCUAAUAUUUCUGUUUCCAGGGAACAGGGGCUAAUAUUGUCCCCCAUGAAGUGAUCGCUUUGGGACGUGUUGGGGGAAACAGGUCCACAUUGGCCUGGAAGGGUCCCGAGCCAAAGACAAAAUGGAUGUGUGAGUUUCCUUUACGACUAAACAUCCUGCAGAUUCCAGCCUGGUUGGCUGGAAGGGGGCAAUGGAGUUCCCAAUGAGGGGUCAAUUUCCAAACUCAAUUCCCAAUGACCCUUCACUUCAACUUCAGAGACAUCUGUAUGGGCUCCAAUCCACCAAUGGUCCCUCCCAGUCUCUGCAACCUCUCCCAGCCCUAUAACUCUCUCUGCUUGUGUUCACCGUUAACAGGUGUAUCUUCACCUGCAUGGUUCCUGAACUCCGCGACUGUGUGUCAAUGUCUUUAAGACAUUUGCUAUAAUCCAGCUUUUUGACCACAGGUCUCAAUAUGUCCACAAGUGUUUUGGCUUCCUUCCCGUGCAUAAUGAGGCACACAAAGCAUAUGACAUGCUUAUAAUGUCAAGGGCAUGAUGUAAAUGCAGCUUCUUGCAGAAUGUCAAUAAUGAAUGUCAGACACAGUCCUGGUCUUGCCCUGCUCAAUUUUAAGGAUUCCAGAUAAACAAAAAGGAGACACUCUCAAGAAGUCACACACACAUACACGCACAGAGACUAACAUACAGCUUUAUCUAAGCAGAGAUGAUAUCCCUUUAAGUUAAAGUCUCCAGAAAAAUAACAGGCCAUAACUUACCUUGUGAACUUGCAUAUUCUAGUCUUUACUGCUGUGGUUGCAGUAUGCAUGCACAUCUUUUAUGCGAGUGUGUUCCUGUCUCACUUACUCUCAUAUUUGAAUCUAAUGACCCAAUAGAAGUUCAUUUGGCCCAAGCUGCCUGUGUCAGCCCAUUUAAUCCCACUGCUCACGCUCUGUUGUCAUUAUUUUUGAUGGCUGCUCCUUUCCAUGCGUGCAAUUGAUUCCAAUACUGACCCCUUGAACAACAUCAUCAAAACAGAUAAUCUGGUCAUUAUUACGUUCCUAAAUGUGCGAGCCUGCUUACGGACUUCCUUGGCUGUCAAAUUAUUUCAGACAUUUCAAAGAAUUCAAAUUAUUUCUUAAACACAGGAGAUUAUGCUGGAAGUCCAGAGUAACACCCACAAAAUGCUGGAGGAACUCAGCAGGUCAGGUGGCAUCUAUAGAGAUGAUCAAACAGUCCACAUUUUGGGUUGAGAUCCUUCAUCAAGACAACAAGCAGUCAAUAUAUCAGGCAGGCACCUUCCAGAAACUUCGACUGUUUCUUUCUUUCCAUAGCUGCUGCCUGACCUGCUGAGUUCCUCCAGCAUUUUGUGUGUGUUACUCAGAUUAUUUCCUUUAGAGGUUAUGAAUGGCUAUAAAUCUAAUGUCUUUUUAAGUUAUCCCAGAAUCUGUUUCCAUGAUAGGUGAAGGCAAAGUAUUUCGAUGAUGUUAUAUGAGGUUGAUCAUCGUGGCGUCAGUGAUCAGUAGUUUAUUGAAUUGUCUCAAGUCCCAUUUAGAUGGAGAGGUUCAUCUGGUGGUUGAGUGGUCCUGCUCUAUCGACCCGACCUGUACCAAUGAGGCUCUGCAGCAUGAAAGAAGGAAAGGUCUGCACAUUCUAAGCUUUUUCCGUGGUCUCCAGUUGUUCCAAAGCACCAUACUCCUAAAAAGCCAUAGUGUUGGAUAUUAAGUAGGAGAUAGGCAGUUUAGACCAUAAGAUAAGGAGCAGAAUUAGGCCAUUCAGCCCAUCGAGUCUGCUCUGCUAUUUCAUCAUUGCUGAUCCAUUUUUCCUCUCAGUCCCAAAGGAAUAUAAGGUCCCAAAUGUAGAUUCUUUCUCUUGUGCUGAGGUUGGUUUGCUCCCACCCACUCUUGUGGUGUGAAAGUUGCCCAUUGGGAACUUUUGAGGUGUAUGUGUGCAGGUAGAAGGGAGGAACAGGGCUUGAUUUUGCUGCUGUUUUGUUGCUUGUUCUGUGUUGUCCUGCCAAGCUUUGUGGGCCUGCUAUGUUGGCAUCGGAAUGUGUGGCAGCACUUGUGGGCUGUUCCCAGCACAGCCUCAGGUGUGUUGGUCAUUGACGCAAGUGACACAUUUCACUGUACACAUGACAAAUAAGCUUGAAUCUUGAUCUUGAUCUUGGGGUGGCCGUAAACACUGGCCACCACGUGGACUUUGCCAGAGUGAGUUGCAGAAUGCCCUAGCCAAAUGGAAGUUAGGCUCUGUUACAUAAGCGCAGGCAUGAAUUUGGAUGAAUGGUCACACACAACACAGUGUUGGGCCCAACACAUGAACUUGCCCAUGACAUCUCCCAGGCUCCCCCCUCCUCCCCUGAUUACUCCAGUUUUCCCCCCUCACUCCCCUGCUGCAGUCAGCUUUCUCCCUGCCAGGAUGCAACCACUGCCUGUCCACCUCUUCACAGCUGCCCCGCUCCCCACUCUCUCCCGUUCUUCUUCAGAAUAACUGAGGGUUCUCCGACAUCCACCUGGGAGGUCAGAAGGGACCCCGGAUACGGCCUCAUUCAAAAGCCUUCAACCAUAUGGCACCUGAGAGCUGGAGCUGGCCAAGAAAGGUGGACAUCGAUGAACCUCAGCCUUCUGAGUCAGAGGUCAGCUGGGCUCUACUUGACUUGUUUUAUAAAAGCAAUCAAACCUAAGGCAGCACAAUAUCCUGAACAGGAGGGUUGGUGUCAGAUCAGUCUGUAUGAAAGCAGUGGGAAUGGGACAAAAAACAGAAAGAGAGAUCUCCAUGGACCGGGGUUAGUGUUUAGACCUGAUCAGUUUAAUUGCCACUGUUGGCAGUUUGGUGAAUGAAAUAAAAUCAAUAUAAAUGACCCCAAUGAGGUGGAUUGUGGUUUAAAAUGACCCAGCCUGGUGGUAGUGAACCUUCAGCUUCUGUGUGGUAUACAUUAGAGCCCAGACUCAGCAAUGUGAUUGAUUUCGAGCUGCCCUUCUGAAAGAGCUGGGUGAGCCCCAGCUGUCAGCAUACAGCCUCGUCUUUUCAUUCCAACCUUCUACCACAAACAAUUUUGUUUUUGUUUAUCUUAGAAAUAUGCACAAAGAUUGAUCUAGCCCCAUGAAAUUCUGUUCUGUCCCAGCACUUGUCACUCAGAAGGAGGCUUGUAAGGACAAAGUUACGCAAAACGCACUUUGCUUUCUUGUCCCUCGAUAUCCCCAAUGUAUUCAUAGAGAGUUACAACGUGGAAAUAAUCGGCCCAUCAACUCCACAUUGACCAUCAGAUAAUCCUACACUGAUCCCAUUUUUUAAUUCUCCUUACAUCUGCAUCCACUCUCCCACCCCCCCUGGAUUCCACUACUCACUAAAUCAGGAGAAAUUUGCAGUGGCCAGUUGACCCACUGACCUUCAAGUCUUUGGGAGAGAGGAGAAAGCCAGAGCAUUUUGAGAAAACCCGCACAGUACAAACCGUGCAGAGUCAGGGUUGGACCAGAGUUUCUGGAGUUGGCAGUCAGCUGCUCUACAAGCUGCACCACUCUGUUGCAAUGCCAUUGUGGAAUUGUUCAGUGUUUGCUAACCAAUGUCUGUAGAUAAUUUCUGGCAAAUUACUGGGGUAUGAGGUGCAUUUGCAGUAUUCCCAAUUUCCCAUUGGAAAAACUAAUAAAUCUUUGCUAUGUCUUGCAAAGCUAUUGGUGAAACCUCAAGCACCAACUACUCUUUUGUGACCACUUAAAAUAAACAUUUGGAGAAAUUGUUUUUCAGCUGCUUAAGAUAAUCAGUGGGAUAUCAGGCACAAGGGGCAGAGUGGUCUGCUCCAGCUUUAUCUUUAUGUCCUUUGCACUCCCAUCUUUAUGAUAUUUCCACCUUCAGUCUCGGUCACAAGACGCUCUUGAUUUUUAUACUGCUCCCUGUGAGAGCUUGCUGUGGAUGACAUGACCACCUUGCCCCCAACAUCAGCAAGUGUAAGUGUCAGGCGUAUCUCCUUGGCAGCAUGAGCUUCAGGGCUGUAUUCAAUGCAGGUGCUUCACAGUUUCAGCGGCCAGCUUUGAUCCUGGCCUUGCAAGUUGCCUCCAAGGAGUCUGCACAUUCUCUCUUUGACCCCAUGUGUUCCCCCCAACUAGUCUAGGGCAGUGUUGGCAGACUGACAGGGUCAUCCACUUGGGGCAGAGGUGAGAACAAAUUCAUAGGGCAUGAAUCUUUGAAAUUCUUCACCUAACUUGACUGUGGAAAGGUUCCAUCAUCGAUUAUAUCCAAGACAGAUCGAGAGAUGUUUUGAGAUCGUGGAAAUUAGUGCAUGUGAGGUUAGUGCAGGGAAGGUGCACUAAGGGAAACUAAAUUAGCUGUGAUCUUACUGAAUGGGGCUGAAUAAUCUGCUCCUUCAUUAAUUUCUUUUACAGUGCGCAACCCAUGUCUUUCACAUGGUCAACUGUCUCUGACCCCGUCUGUAAGUUCAUCUGCAAUCACACCAGUUAACUUGAUAACUCGAUGUAAGAAUUACAACAUUAUCUGUACCCCUUCUGAUGUGAUCCUUGUCUCAGUCCCACGUGUGUGUGACAUGUGCAUUUCUGUGUGCUUUGCUGGUUUACACAGAGCAGCAAGUGCCCUCUAAGCCUUCCAUAGCUGGUGUUUUCUAGCUGUUAGCUGGUUGGUAGCACUUUCCAAGGCAGAAGAUUAUGGGUUCAAGAACCCCAAUCUGAAGACUUGAAUAUAAAAUCUAAAAUCCAGCACAGUUCUGCACAGAGAUGCUGUGCUUUAGAGUAGCUGUGAAAUGUCCCCUUAGCUAGACAUGAAAGAUCCUCUGCUGGGUAGUCCUACCCAUGACAUCCUCCAGAUAUAACGAUAUAUUCAGUCACUCAACUUCUUCUUUUGGAGGCACCUUUAUUCAUUUUGUGGAUGCAAGCUGCCUUCAAAACUUUUGGAGGCAGCCUGCAUCCACAGAAUGAAUGAAGCUAUGUUGGAUAGUGUAUUUUACAAAUCUUGGCACAAUGGCAUGCAAUCAAAGCCACACAGACACUCACUGCACUGUAUUUAUUCAUCUGGACCACAGCCCAUCAGUUUUGAGGCAAUGGAGUUUAUUGCAGCGACUACAAUAUUUUCUAAGGUAUUUCUUUGUUAUGCUUCUUAAAUAAUGCUCCAAAAUAUAUUUAAGAUUAAAUGGCUCUUUUUUAUUUCAUUAAUACUUACCCUGUAUUGCACGAAACGCCUUCAUGAAUGAUGUAAAUUAUUCUGAAUAACCAAUGUAAAUAAUUCUAAAUAUUCCUAGCUAAAUACGGGUUUGUUGCAAGUCUAUUUAUACCUGGACAAUCUCGAGGCUCAUAAUUCAAACCUGCAAUUUGUACAUAGCAGGUGAACAUGUCCACAGCUCCUUCAUUGAGCGUACAAGUUAACAUCGACUUUCCCUGUCAUAAUCAUUUAUAUAGUUUAAAACUUUGAAUGUAUUAUAUUUUGCAAAAGUCUUAAGAUUUUAUAAAGAGAAAUGAAAAGUAGGUAUUUAUGAAAAACAUUUCUGUCUUCUAUUUUUUGUUCUUGUUUGCUUUAGGGGAAAAAUAAAAUCGGAG